AAAAAAAAAAAAAAAAAAGUGUAUUGAAAAUAAGCUAUUUUUAAAAGUACAUUUAAUAGGAUGUCAUUGUUAUUACCCAUAAUAGUAUUGUACUUACAAGCUGAGUAUUGAUUUCCCUGCACUUAAGCACUCUACACCCCCAUGGGCUCAUGGAACUUUGCCCAUAAGUAAUUGGAAGACGAAGUUAUGGGUGUUUUAAAAAGGAAGCUAACUUUUUUAAGGAAAAGAGAGAAAUACCUUUAAACUCUUAUUGAUGACUUCCAUACACUUAUAGGAGAAAUAUUGAGAGAAAAUGCUCACGACAUUCUUUGUCCAACAACGUUUAAAGAAGAAAAAAAAGUGGGUCAUGGAACUAGGCUAGGGUUAAGUGCAAAUAUCUUCCUGGCUUCUUUCCAAACAUAUUUAAUACAUAUUUAAGGUGGUUCCUAACACGAAGAGGGUUUUAUAUAGAUUUGUCAGUACUCAGAGAUUUAUUUAAAUUAAAAUAUACCUAGAGGGUGACAGAGCUUGUUAAAACUUAUUUAUAUGGAUGUGCAUGUGUUUGUAUUUUUUCCUUCCUCUGUAAACCUGUCAGAUUUUAUGUGGCUUGUCUGUAAAAGGAGAAGCUGAUGGUACAUUUAAAAACAAAUUCUUGUUUUUCUAAUAUCACUGCAAUCUCCUUGCAGUGUAAGGCUCAUGGGUAUGCAAUAAUACUUAUCAGAUCCAACUAUUCUUGGAUACUGUGGGCUUAAGCACAUAAAGCAGUCACUGUGAAGAAAAUAACAUUUUAAGAAACUUUUCUGUCACAAUUGAUAGAGGAAAAGCCAGCAGAGAAGUGCAUCUUCUUGUGUGUGUGUCUCAUCGUGCCACUUUUUGUAACUCAACUUAGUAAUGAAGCCACCAUUAUGUCCUCAGUCAGUGAAGUAAAUGUGGAUAUAAAAGAUUUCCUAAUGAGCAUUAAUUUGGAGCAGUAUCUCUUACAUUUCCAUGAGUCUGGUUUUACUACUGUGAAGGACUGUGCAGCAAUAAAUGACAGCCUGCUACAGAAAAUUGGAAUAUCACCCACAGGUCACCGUAGGAGGAUACUUAAACAGUUACAGAUAAUCUUAUCAAAAAUGCAAGAUUUUCCAAUAUAUGCAAAUGUUCAUAAAACAAAGAAGAAUGAUGACCCUUCAAAGGAUCACAAUGUUCCAUCUUCUGAUCACAAUAUCUGCAUAGAACUUUCCAGUUCUAGUAGUGUUCAGACACCUAGCCCACCGCAGUUGGAGACUGUUACAAAAAAACUUGAAGAAGAUGCAAGUGUGGAAAGAAGCCAGUAUCCUCAAUCAGAUAAUAAGCUGUCUCCUCCUAAACGCGACUUCUCCACUGCAGAAGAACCACACCUGAAUUUGGGUUCUUUGAAUGAUUCUUUAUUUGGUAGUGAAAAUAUUAAAAUAGAAUCUUUGAUUACAAAGAAGACUAUGGAUCACACAAUUGAAGAACAACAAACAGAAAAAGUUAAAUUGAUCUCAGAAAAUCUCAAUAAGCUCCCUAACGCAGACUCUGAAUGCCUUUCUUCUGUUGGCUGUUCAACAUCAGAAACGAACUCUAGAAAUGGAACAAAUGGUUUAUUAGACGGAUCACCACCAUCCCCAUUCUUUAAGUUUCAAGGAGAAAUGAUUGUAAAUGAGUUGUAUGUUCCAUCAUCACCAAUCCUAGCACCUAUGAGAAGUCGUAGCAAGUUGGUUUCAAGACCAUCUCGAUCUUUUCUGCUAAGACAUCGGCCUGUACCAGAGAUUCCAGGGUCAACAAAAGGAAUUUCUGGGAGCUAUUUUCGUGAAAGAAGAAAUGUUGCUACCUCAACUGAAAAAUCUGUGGCAUGGCAAAAUUCAAAUGAGGAGAAUUCAUCUUCCAUCUUUCCUUAUGGAGAGACCUUUCUCUUCCAGAGACUAGAAAAUUCCAAGAAGCGGUCUAUAAAGAAUGAAUUUUUGACCCAGGAAGAAGCACUCAAAGGGGAAGCAACUACUGCGACGAACUCUUUUAUCAUCAAAUCAAGCAUAUAUGAUAACAGAAAGGAGAAAAUAAGUGAGGACAAGGUGGAAGAUAUUUGGAUACCUCGAGAGGACAAAAACAAUUUUUUGAUAGACACUGCUUCUGAAUCAGAAUACUCAACAGUAGAAGAAUGCUUUCAGAGUUUAAGAAGAAAAAAUUCAAAGGCAUCUAAAUCUAGGACUCAAAAAGCAUUGACUUUGGACUCCGUUAAUAGGCACAGUUAUCCAUUAAGCUCAACAAGUGGAAAUGCUGAUUCAUCAGCUGUUUCUUCACAGGCAAUAUCUCCCUAUGCCUGCUUUUAUGGAGCAUCUGUAAAGAAGGUUAAAUCGGGAUGGCUGGAUAAACUCUCUCCUCAAGGAAAACGCAUGUUUCAGAAGAGAUGGGUGAAAUUUGAUGGCCUUAGCAUUUCUUACUACAAUAAUGAGAAGGAGAUGUAUUCAAAAGGAAUAAUUCCCCUUUCUGCUAUAUCAACAGUACGAGUUCAAGGAGACAACAAAUUUGAAGUUGUUACAACACAAAGAACUUUUGUUUUUAGAGUAGAAAAAGAAGAGGAGAGAAAUGACUGGAUCAGCAUACUAUUAAAUGCACUGAAAUCACAAUCCCUUACCUCACAGUCUCAAGGCAUUGUUACACCUGAGAAAUGUGGAUAUCUUGAAUUGAGAGGCUAUAAGGCAAAAAUUUUUACUGUGUUAAGUGGAAACAGUGUGUGGCUUUGCAAAAAUGAACAGGAUUUUAAGAGUGGACUUGGUAUUACCAUAAUUCCUAUGAAUGUAGCAAAUGUAAAACAAGUGGACCGAACUGUGAAACAGUCUUUUGAAAUAAUCACUCCCUAUAGGAGUUUCAGCUUUACAGCCGAGACUGAAAAAGAGAAACAAGAUUGGAUUGAAGCUGUGCAGCAAUCAAUAGCAGAAACUCUCUCUGAUUAUGAAGUAGCUGAGAAGAUUUGGUUCAAUGAAUCUAACAGGAGCUGUGCAGAUUGUAAAGCCCCGGAUCCUGACUGGGCAUCCAUCAAUCUCUGUGUUGUCAUCUGUAAGAAGUGUGCAGGCCAGCAUAGAUCUUUGGGACCAAAAGAUUCCAAGGUUAGAAGUCUAAAAAUGGAUGCUAGCAUUUGGAGCAAUGAACUCAUCGAGCUUUUUAUUGUCAUUGGAAACAAAAGAGCAAAUGACUUUUGGGCUGGUAAUCUUCAAAAGGAUGAAGAAUUACAUAUGGACUCACCAGUAGAAAAGAGAAAAAACUUUAUUACUCAGAAAUAUAAAGAAGGAAAAUUCAGAAAAACCCUUUUGGCAUCUCUCACUAAAGAAGAAUUAAAUAAGGCUCUGUGUGCUGCUGUAGUGAAACCGGAUGUUCUAGAAACAAUGGCUUUGCUGUUCAGUGGAGCAGAUGUCAUGUGUGCCACUGGAGACCCCGUGCAUAGCACCCCCUAUCUGCUAGCCAAGAAGGCUGGGCAAAGUCUGCAAAUGGAAUUUCUCUACCAUAACAAAUUCUCAGAUUUCCCUCAACAUGAUAUUCAUUCUGAAGGUGUAUUAAGUCAAGAGUCUUCCCAGUCCACAUUCCUCUGUGACUUUUUGUAUCAAGCUCCUGCUGCUGCUUCCAAACUCUCUUCAGAGAAAAAACUGCUUGAAGAGACAAAUAAAAAAUGGUGUGUUUUGGAAGGAGGCUUCUUGAGUUACUAUGAAAGUGAUAAGUCUACCACACCUAAUGGCACCAUUAAUAUCAAUGAAGUUAUCUGCCUGGCUAUACACAAAGAGGACUUCUAUUUAAAUACUGGGCCCAUCUUUAUCUUUGAGAUCUACCUACCCUCAGAACGUGUGUUUUUAUUUGGAGCUGAAACAUCUCAAGCUCAAAGAAAAUGGACAGAGGCAAUAGCCAAGCAUUUUGUUCCCUUAUUUGCUGAAAACUUAACAGAAGCUGACUAUGAUUUGAUUGGUCAACUCUUCUACAAAGACUGCCAUGCCCUGGAUCAGUGGAGAAAAGGCUGGUUUGCUAUGGACAAAUCCAGUUUGCAUUUUUGCCUUCAAAUGCAAGAAGUUCAGGGAGAUAGAAUGCACUUAAGAAGACUGCAGGAGCUAACAAUCAGCACAAUGGUUCAAAAUGGGGAAAAACUGGAUGUCUUACUCUUGGUAGAAAAAGGGAGAACAUUAUACAUCCAUGGGCACACCAAGUUGGAUUUCACAGUCUGGCAUACUGCAAUUGAAAAAGCAGCAGGUACAGAUGGUAAUGCUUUGCAAGAUCAGCAGCUCAGCAAAAAUGACGUUCCCAUUAUAGUGAACAGCUGUAUAGCAUUUGUUACACAGUAUGGUUUAGGAUGCAAAUAUAUCUAUCAGAACAAUGGUGAUCCUUUGCAUAUAAGUGAACUCCUGGAGAGUUUCAAAAAGGAUGCAAGAAGCUUUAAAUUGAGGGCUGGAAAACAUCAGCUUGAAGAUGUGACGGGUGUGUUGAAAAGUUUUCUCUCUGACAUUGAUGAUGCACUGCUUACCAAGGAGCUCUACCCAUACUGGAUCUCUGCUUUAGAUGCGCAAGAUGACAAGGAAAGAAUUAAAAAAUAUGGAGCAUUUAUACGUUCUCUUCCAGGGGUCAACCGAGCAACAUUAGCAGCUAUCAUUGAACAUCUGUAUAGGGUUCAGAAAUGCUCAGAAAUCAAUCACAUGAAUGCCCAUAAUUUGGCCUUGGUCUUUUCAUCCUGUUUGUUCCAAACGAAGGGACAAACUAGUGAAGAAGUGAAUGUAAUUGAGGACCUAAUUAAUAAUUAUGUAGAAAUAUUUGAGGUUAAAGAAGAUCAAGUCAAACAAAUGGACAUAGAAAAUAGCUUUAUUACCAAGUGGAAAGACACCCAAGUUUCCCAGGCUGGAGAUUUGUUAAUUGAAGUAUAUGUAGAAAGGAAGGAACCUGACUGUAGUAUUAUAAUUCGGAUAUCUCCUGUGAUGGAAGCAGAAGAAUUAACUAAUGAUAUAUUAGCAAUAAAAAAUAUUAUUCCUACAAAAGGUGAUAUUUGGGCCACAUUUGAAGUCAUUGAAAAUGAAGAGCUAGAGCGUCCUCUUCACUACAAGGAAAAUGUACUGGAGCAAGUGCUUCGGUGGAGUUCAUUAGCUGAACCCGGCUCUGCUUACCUGGUGGUGAAGAAAUUCUUAACUGCUGACACAAUUAAACACUGCAGUGACCGGAGUACAUUGGGAAGCAUCAAAGAAGGAAUCUUGAAAAUCAAAGAAGAACCAUCCAAAAUACUAUCUGGAAAUAAGUUUCAAGACCGGUAUUUUGUUUUACGAGAUGGGUUUCUCUUUCUUUACAAGGAUGUGAAGAGUAGUAAACAUGACAAAAUGUUUUCUCUCAGUUCCGUGAAGUUUUAUCGUGGAGUGAAAAAGAAAAUGAAGCCUCCAACAAGUUGGGGAUUGACCGCAUAUUCUGAGAAACAUCACUGGCACCUGUGUUGUGAUAGUUCACGAACUCAGACGGAGUGGAUGACCAGUAUCUUUAUUGCCCAGCAUGAAAAUGAUAUAUGGCCACCAGCUGGAAAGGAACGGAAACGUUCAAUAACCAAAAAUCCCAAAAUUGGAGGUUUGCCUCUGAUUCCUAUACAGCAUGAGGGGAAUGCAACCCUGGCCCGGAAAAAUAUCGAGAGUGCAAGAGCAGAACUUGAAAGGCUGCGGCUCAUUGAAAAGUGUGAUAAAGAGUCCGUGGACUCGAGCUUAAAGGAGAGAGCUUCUAUGGUGGCCCACUGCCUGGAGCACAAGGACGAUAAACUUCGAAAUCGAACCCGAAAACAUCGGAGUUUCAACUGCCUGGAGGACACAGAGCCUGAAGCCCCACUCGGGCAACCAAAAGGCCAUAAAGGACCAAAGACAUUGAGGAAGACUGAGGACAGGAAUAGCAAGGCUACUUUGGACUCUGAUCAUAAGUUACCAUCAAGGGUAAUUGAAGAACUUAAUGUGGUUCUACAGCGGUCAAGAACCCUUCCAAGAGAAUUACAGGAUGAGCAGAUUUUGAAGUAGCAAAUACAAUGAAUUGCUCCCCAGAUUAUUUUUUUAAUUAUUGUAUGCAAUCUUUAUGUGUAAAUCUGAAACUGAACUAUAAGAUAAUUCAUAAGAAUUUGCCUAUUGAUAGGCAAAUUUGUCUAUCUAUACUUAGGCAUUUAAGGAGCAUUUAAAAAUAUGUAUAUAUGUGAUUAAGUGUAAGAAUAACUUUAUUUUGGUCUGAACAAAGCUUGUAAAGUUCCAUUGUAUUAACUUUGUGUAAGAAGACAAUGGGUUACUUAGGUGGUCAGCCCUUUUAAAGUAGUUAUUUGUUAAGUGGUAUAAUUUAUGAGCAGAAAUCUCAAACUGUACUGUAUUGUAUAAAAUGCUGUGUUUAAAUGAAGUCUAAGAAACUAUCUGUAACAUAUUUUGCACUUUGAGAAACCUUGUAUAUUGAAUUACCAUAUGUUUUUAGGUUUACAGAGGGUCUACCUUAGGGAAAAGAAGGGAAGUAAAUUGAAAAAAGGGGGAGAAUGUAUUGUAGUGGUUGCCUAAAAACACUGGAGCUUUUAAAAGAAGCAAGGAGUUAAAUGUCCUGCAAAACAAGGAAGUGAGCUAAGAUUCAUUCAAGUUCACUAAUGACCAGAACUUGUCAAUGAGAAGCCACUUGUUAAGAAAAAAGUCCGGUGUUUAUUUCCCAAGAGUAAUAUUCGGCCAACAGAUGUAAAUAAUAGCACUAGCCACUCUUAUUAAUAUUUAUAGUGUUAGAAAAUCAGCCACAUUAUAGAUUCACUACGUUUGAGCUCAUUGUUGGUGGCUGCUAAGAGGAAACUUACACUGCAUUGGAGAGGUUGUGUACACAGGAUCUGGCCUGGAUGCUGAUUUCACUGUCGUUGUAUGCAAGCAUUUUUUUUUUUUUUUUUUAGAAUUUCUGACUAUACUUUUGGUACGAACAAAAUUCAUCACCACAAGGUCCUGUUGUUCUGUUUGAUUUUUACAAUUUUUAUUAUUAUUUUAAGUAAGAUUAUAAUGUUUUUCUUUGAAUUCUCAGAAAUAACUGGAAGAAUACAAUAUUAUGGCCAUUAUGGAGCCGGGGGUAGUUGGUGGUUUACUGUACAUUUGGGGCUACUUGUUCACAUUUAAUCUAGGUGUUUUUUGUUUUUUGUUUUGUUUUAAAUAAAGGAGUGGUCUCUUCCCUGUACUUGUGAAUAAGGACAAAGCCCUAUUUUUGUUUCCACAUAAAGAUCAGCUACUGAAUUGGUGAUUUUCCUGACAGACAAUACUAUCUAAUCAUAGUUCAUGUUAGGGGAAGCAUUUUUUAUCAGUUUCUUUAAAAUUGGAUUAUGUUUGCUGAGUUUUGAUAUUUAACAUUAUUUUAUGUAGCUAAGCCUUUUUUUUUUUUUUUUUUUUAGCAUUUCUUUUUUAUUCUUCAAUCUAUAUACACAGGCCCAUACUUCAGUCAAUCCAAUCAUAGUACAGUGAUGUGGUAGUAAAUCCUAUGAAUUUCUUCAUUGUAAAAUAUAGAUCAUUUGUAUUUUGGGGUGAUAAAAUAGUUCACCAUCGGUAUGAGAUAUUUAUUCUUUAAAUCAAAGUAAAUUAGAAUUUUUAAAAAGCACAAAACUGCCGGACAGUUUAUGAAAUAGGUGGCACUAUUAGGGAAUCUUUCUUUAAAGCAAGAAAUCAUGUUAUUUAGAAAGAAAAACUAAUCUUAAACAUACUAUUUCUAAUAAAUAUUUAUAUUUUUAUGAAAUAAAAGGUAUGUGGAAAUUAAUGUUUGGUGAUGUUGGACAGUGGAAAAGUAUCUAGAGUUUUUACCUGCCUUAUCUGAAUUUUUCUUGAAACUUGAGCUUAAAUUCUAAUAGCUGUUUCCCUUUCUAUUCUGAACAAUUGUCUCCAUUUUUCAAGUUUAAGAUAAGGGCUAAUGAUGACAUCUCAUUUAUUUUGAGUAAACAUUAAAAUUGUUUUA